UUCAUCGUACACGGCUCACCAACGGCGAGGAAAGAAAACAUUUUCCUUCAAAUCAAUAUCAGGCUUCUUUGUUUCUCCGCCCCAUGAUUCCCGCCAUGGAUCUUCAUCUCCUCCGCUCUUCUACCGGCUUCUCUGCCAUCCGGUUCUUCCCUCGCUACCCUUCUCCUUCACCUCUUCGCAGUAGACUCUUCAUAGUAAGGUCGAAUCUUCCUUUUCCAAAUGAGAAAGCCAAGUACCACAGAGAACUUGAAGCGGCGGUGGAGGCCGUGGAGAGAGCUUGUCGUCUUUGUGUCGACGUGCAAAGGUCUCUGUUCUCUGUUGAAGGGCGGAUUAUCGAAAAGAAAGACCAAACUCCGGUCACAGUGGCAGAUUUUGGAGUUCAGGCUCUUAUUAGUUUAGAAAUAAGUAAAUCAUUCCCUUCAAUUCCAUUGGUGGCGGAGGAGGACUCUGGUUUUCUCCGUUCAAACAAUCUGGUGGAUCCUGUAGUAAGUGCAGUAUCUGAUCAUAUGAGCUUCAACAAGAAAUCAUUGUCACAUGAUGAUGUGCUGGAAGCAAUUGACAGAGGGGGCAAGAAUGCUUUUGCUAUGGGAACAAAGCCAGCCACAUAUUGGAUACUGGAUCCGAUUGAUGGCACCCGAGGGUUUGUAAAAGGGAGUCAGGCCUUAUAUGUGGUAGGUUUAUCUCUAGUAGUUGAAGGAGAGAUUGUGUUAGGUGUCAUGGGCUGCCCUAAUUGGGUUGUAGACGCUACUUACAAGUCUACCACUCAUGCCCAAAGUUAUAGGAACAGUUCACCUGGAUUGGGUAUAAUUAUGGUUGCUCAUGUUGGCUGUGGAACUUGGAAAAAGAGGCUAAAGAAUAUGCUCGAUAGGUCAACUAAAAUUUCAUCUGAUUGGACCAGAUGCUUUGUUGAUGGUUUUUGUCUGGUAUCCGAUGCCCGCUUCUGUAUUCCAGAGAGUCAAACAUGGGAGUCCUUGCCAUUAUCAGUUUUAUACAAAGCAAGAAUUGAUGAUGACAAUGUUGGGGAUAAGGAAAUUUGUCUUCUGUCCGCAUUCUGUGGAAGUUUAUGCAAGUAUUUAAUGGUGGCUUCAGGUCGGGCAUCUGUUUUCAUUCUUCGAGCAAGAUCUGAAAAACUUAUCAAGGUGUGGGAUCAUGCUGUUGGUAUGAUAUGCGUACAUGAAGCUGGAGGAAAGGUGACAGACUGGAAAGGAAGGGAACUUGAUCUUGCUGCAGAUAAAGUUGAACGGAGGAUCAUAUACCCUGAAGGUGGGAUUCUUGUGACUAAUGGGAAAAUCCAUAAUGAGACACUGGAGAUGAUAUCUUCCAUUUCAUCAGCAGUUUGACAUUGAACUAUACUCCAUUGGUAUACCUAUUCGAUUCUUCGAAUACCAUUUAGGUUACGGUAAAACCUGCCUUUACUAAAAUGAAAAUUUAAUUCCAUAUUGAAAGUUUAAAUUUGAAAAAAAAAAUGAAAUUAUUCCAUUGCCAUUGUCCAUUAGAUUGAUAGAAGGAACCUUCUUCUAGUUAAUUAAUUGUAUUGACAAUGAUGUCCUUUUUUCUUUCCGUUUUUGCCAUUUUAUUGGGAUCUGGGAUGGAUUGACAAUUCAUUGGAGCUAUUAAUGUAAUUAACAUUGCUUCAAUUGUAACCGCUAUAUGUUGGCCUCUGUAAUUAAGCUUCCCUGGAUUAACACUUCA